AGUUUCGUUCAACUUGAGUGAAUGCGUCAGUGUGGUGGUGGAGCUAGACUGAGAGGAGGGAUGUAUGUGUGUGUUUAUUUGAAUGCGUGAUAUGUUUGUGUGAAGUGUUUAUUUUAAUUAACAAUCUCUUACAAAAACUGUAAACAUGACUUCAACUACAUAAAGCGGCACCUAACGAUGCACUAUUGAUCUUGCAUUCGUUUACGUGUUCAAUUCAUUUUCGACUUUCUGAAAACGGAGGAUUCUGUGAAUACUUUUCUCGUGAUACCUUUGCAAGGGGUUCUGGAUCAAAUUAUUUCACACCUCCCUUGAUUUUAAUCUCCAUUUUUCCGUUCCUAAUAUCAAACCCUUCUGCAUUACUUGCUAAAUUUCCUCAAUCAUCAUGUCCCAGUUCAAAGAAAUUGAACGUAGUCGUUUGCGUUUAAAUUUCAUGGAUUCUUCACCAUACUUAAAUAAUUCUAGCCCUGCAUUUUCUCCCAUGACAAACCUAGCCUUGAAUCUCAGUGACACAAAUCUCUCUACCACCCCUCGAAGAAAACUGUCCAUGUGCAACCUAGAAGAUACACCCCCAGCUCAUCGUAUUAAAUCAUUACAGUCUGAUUUAUCGGACAUCACUAUGGACUCGCCUUUCACGGAACGGCUGCUGAAGAACGUGAUCAAGCUCCCGAGCAGCCCGGCGUCGCAGGCGCCCGCGCGCAGCCGGCUGCUGCCGCGCCGCGUCAUCAUGAGCCCGCUGCUGGGCGGCGCGCAGCAGCCGCACGCAGGCGCUAACAGCAACAGCACCAGCGACAAGGAGAACCGCGCCUCCGGCAGCCCGGCGGCGCCCAUGGCCCCCGAGGACCUGGCCGGCGGCGCGCCCUUCGCCAGCCCCGCCAAGGCCGCCAGCCCUGCGCUCGCCAGCCCCGCCAGGUUUCUCAGCCCACUUCGGCUGCGACAACCUCUUGAAGACCAUGAUCCUAACUCUCAAGACAGUGGGUAUGGACCUGUUUUUGCUGACAAAGAAGAUAAAUCUGCAUUCAGGUUUGUCGAGCCUGUGGGAACAGCACCACGACGGCAGCUGAGCCUCUUGGAUCAAUCUCCUGGCAAAGACAUGCUGACAGGAUCCCCUCGUAGUCGCUCAGGCUAUGCUAGUCCGCAGUACUUUCAUUCUCUGUCAUCGGGUUCUACUUCAGGAACAGAAUCAGUGGAUGAUGGCUUUGUUGAAUUUUUCGAUGGCGAGAAACCUGUUGAAGAAUCUCAAUUUCCGAGUGGUAUGGGCAGUCUACUGUCCUACCCAUUGAAGGAACAAAAUACUGCCAAAAAAGAAACUGCAACUUUAGAAUCAAGACCAAGACCUCCGUUUCGUAGAAGCCUUUCUCUCAAUGAGACAUCAACGAGAGUCUCCAGGUAUUCUUUUGGAGCAUCGCCAAAGGAGAAGGAUGAAACCUUCACAACGUCAGAAAGUGUUAGAGUAUUUAAACGACCUGAACCUCCAUGUGAAAAUUCAUCUGUGAUUCAAUGCUUGAAACGGCCAAAAAUCAAUCCUCUACCCAUUAUUUCUGAAGACAAUUCUGCCAGAAGUGGGCAAACUUUUGUAUCAGAAACUGUAACCACUGUGCGCUUGCAACGUAGCUUUUCUGUAUCUGAAGCUACUAUUAAACGAGCCUUGCAAAGAUCUUCUCAGGAUCCUGACCUUAUUGGAGAUUUUAGCAAACCAUUUGUUCUACCAUUGAUGCAGGGCAGACACCAGGAUUUAAAAACUAUUUCAUCUGACACCUUAGCUAAAUUACUGAAAGGAGAUUAUAAUGAGACUGUUGAUUCCUACACUAUAGUAGAUUGCCGGUAUCCAUAUGAAUACAAUGCUGGCCAUAUUAAAGGAGCUAAAAAUUUCUAUACUCAAGAUCAGAUCUCGAAGGAAUUUGUGGAAAUAAAUAAGUCAAGACCUGUGUCUACAUGCAAACGCAACAUUCUCAUUUUUCAUUGUGAAUUUUCAUCUGAACGGGGACCAAAGUUGUCACGCUUCUUGCGAAAUUCUGACAGAGUAUUGAACAAAGAAUCAUAUCCAGCGCUGCAUUAUCCUGAGGUGUAUCUACUUCAUGGGGGAUACAAGGAAUUCUAUGAGAGGCAUAGUGAAUUAUGUGAACCAUGUGCCUAUUUGCCCAUGUUGGAUCCUAAACAUGAUGCAGAUUUACGUUUCUUCCGUUCCAAAACUAAGUCCGGUGACAGCAAGUCACGUUCUGGUUUUCGCAACUUGAAGAGACUGGGAUUGUAAAUAAGUAAAACAAUGUACAAAGUAAGGAUUUAUUUGAAGACUGAACUCAAUCUGUCAUGUAAGGACCAAUUUUCAACAUCAAUGCUUUAAAUAUUUUAAUUAUCAGUUUGCUGGAACUGUGCAAGUUUUUACCUCAUGAAUAAAACAAUGAUUUGAAAUGAUGUUUUAAUCUUAAAACUGAUGUGUUUUUAAUAAGAAAAUUAUAUUGUUUAUUAAAAAGGGCAAUGAUUUUUAUUUUACUUGUUGAAAUGCAUUAAGUAAAAUAAUUUGCAAUUGUGGAUUGUUAGCUUUUAGAAUUCAAAUCAUGCCAUUUUUUUAUCGCAAAAAUGUGUAAAAUUGUAGAGUGAUGGAUGUGUAAAAUAAUUCUUGGUAUAAAAUUUGAAUUGUCACAAAGUUGAUUCUGAACUCUUCCACUGCCUAGAGAAUGUGUUUUUUGAGAGAUUGGAACACUGCUGAUUUAUGUGUUUAAAGUAAAUUAUUUAAUGUUUUGUUAGUUCAAUGUGAGUGAUUGACUGUAAAAGUGGGAAUUUAUGAAGUUAGAUUAUAACUUAAUAAACACUGUCAAAUUGAAAAGUGUCUGGAGAUGGGCAAAGUGGACUAAAAUAACUAACAACGUGAAAUGUAAUUUUUAUGAAUACUUUUUACUAUGGUAAUGCACUAACAGUUAUUUUCAGUUUUUUCUUAAAUGUUUUUAGUGGAACAUGUCUUCUAGUGCUGUUAGUCUUGCGUGUUACUAUUUUUCGUAUUAUUCAGAUCAAUUAUCAUGAGAUAAUAAUAUAAUGACAACUGUUAAUAAAAAGCCAGUACAUUUUUAGUAAUGUGCUUCAUGUAGUGAUUUUUCUUCAGAUUUUGGUUUAGUGACUGUUCAGAAGUUCAGUGUAUGUGUAUAUAUAUAGUAUGUUGCCCCUCUCCCCAAAUGUAACAUUUUCCUUGUUGUUGGUUGUUUGUUUUUUUUUGUUUUUUUUUCAUGUCUUGCCUGCGUGAAUAUUUGUAAUGUAAGUUUGUAUAUCUUAAUCAUUCAGAGCAGAAUGCUUGUAUAAUGGUGUAAUGCAUCUUGCAGUAUCAAACCAUUGUGCUGGGUCAUACUUGGUUUGCAUUGUACCAGUAGACAAGUAUUUUGCUUUUAAUUCCACUUGUGUUCAUUGAAUAAUGGUGUAUACAAUAUGGUAUUUAACAUGUUAUUAAAAGAACAUCUGUUCUGUUUAAUAGCAUUUCAUGUGCAAUUUCUUGUAAAAGCUGCCAGAGGAAAUCUUCAUGACUGCCAUGAUAGAUGAUAUUCGUCUUGUAGCUAUGUAAAAGAUUAUUUUUAUAUAAAGUGCAUAGUACAGAUUUUUAAAAAUUUUAUAAAGAAAUAAGAAUUGUUAUUUGUUUAAUUUCAGCAGUGUAAAUAGAAUGGUGAUCUUCAUGUGUUCAUUUUUCAUUCAUUUCGUGAUCUCUUAUAGAUCUCAUGAGAUAUCGUACUUACAAUAGACACCUAGGAGUACAAGCUUGAUAACCUUAUUUUGUUUCUCUCAGGUAGGCUUGUCAAUUCACCAUUCUUUUUACAUGAAAUAAAUGCAAAGAUACAUUUCCCAUAUAUUUCCAUUUAAUCGCUGUGUAAUAAAAAAAAUAUUCAUCCAUUUUUA